ACUUCCGGUGGCGGUGUCCAGGUUGGCUCCGGGCGCGAGCGGCCCCCGGGCCUGUUCCUAACCCCUGACUCUGGGCUUGCCCGCGAAGCCUAUCUUUGGGCUCCAAUAACCGAGUAGAGGCCCCGGAGGCCCGGCCCGAGCUGGGUACGGCAGGACUGCCUCUGAGGUGGUAAAAUGUGCUGCGAGAAGUGGAGCCGCGUGGCCGAAAUGUUUCUCUUCAUUGAAGACCGGGAUGAGGAUUAUAAGAUCCUUUGCCUCUGCUCCAGGGCAUUUGUAGAGGAUCGAAAAUUGUGCAAUUUGGGAUUAAAAGGCUACUAUGUCAAAGACAGUGGCAACAAUGCAGGAGACCACACUACGGAAGAGGAGGAAGGUGGUCAUUCCCAUGGUACUGCAGAAUCAUGUGACAGCAAAGGCAUAGACUUAGAUGAAAAUGAACUUGAUUCUGAGGCCGAACUGAUGAGAAGUAUGGGGUUGCCACUUCAAUUUGGUGGGAUAGCUGCACAUAAAAAUUUUGAGGUGUCUAUGAAUACUAGAAAUAAAGUUAAAAUAAAAAAGAAAAAGAAAAAGCAUCAGAAGAAAUACUUAAAUGAAAUUAUGCGAGAAUCUUGGAGAAAAGAAUAUGAAGAAGAUGACAUUUUGGAUUCAGAUGAUCCAUCUGAAGUUGAACAGUAUGAGACUACCAGAACAUGUAAACUUCAAAGCAAAAAAGACAUUGAAACAGAAAAUCUUCCUGUUGAAAAGACAUUAUCACCAAAGCUAGAGAUUACAGAGAAAUGGGAAAAGUAUUGGAAUGAAUAUGGAGGAGGACUGUUGUGGCAAAGCUGGCAAGAAAAACAUCCAGAUCAAACACUGUCUGCUGAACCUUGGAACUUUCCUGAUACAAAGGAAGAAUGGGAGCAACAUUAUAGUCAACUGUAUUGGUAUUAUUUGGAACAGUUUCAGUAUUGGGAAGCUCAGGGUUGGACUUUUGAUACCUCACAAAGCUGUGAUACAGAUACUUGUGCACCUAAAACAGAAGUUGACAGCAAGAAAGAAGAAAAUUACAUGAAAGUCAACUUAAUAUCUUUUCCGUCUUCACCUACUGCAAUAGAUAAUGACAACUCUGGUACAAGUGAUAAGGAUCAUAAUGAAAUACUUGAUGGAAUUAGUAAUAUCACUCUGAUUUCAGAGGAAGUAGAACAGGGCCAAUUGGAUUCUUCAGUAAGUCGUGAUGAUUGUCAGCAGCUCGGCGAAGUUAGCAGCAGGAGAGAGUGCCCUGCAUCUGGCCAAAGUGAACCGUGUAAUAAUGGUGGAACCAAGGAAAGCAGCUCAUCUGGGAAUAGAAGCACAGACCAACCAGCUCAGGAUUCACAAGAAUCUUCAGGAGCAAACACAAGCAAAGACAGACCACACACCAACAGUAUUGAUGGCGAGGAGAGCGAAGAAGACCCACCUGAGCACAAGCCAAGCAAACUCAAGAGGAGCCAUGAACUAGACAUCGACGAAAACCCAGAUCCAAACUUUGAUGACAAUGGUUCCCUUCUAGGAUUCAAGCAUGGCUCGGGACAAAAAUAUGGUGGAAUUCCGAAUUUCAGUCAUCGGCAGGUCAGGUAUCUAGAGAAGAAUGUGAAGCGUAAGUCUAAGUAUCUCGACAUGCGCAGACAAAUUAAGGUGAAAAACAAACACAUCUUCUUUACUGAGGAGUCAGAAAAACCAUUUUUUAAGAAAAGCAAAGCUCUGAGUAAGGUAGAAAAAUUCCUAACAUGGGUUAACAAACCAGUGGAUGAAGAAGCGUCGCAGGAGUCAUUUUCUCAAAACAAUGUGCCAGACACUUCCACAAGUAGUGAUUCAGAGGAACAAGACCUGUCUGUUAAAAAAGGUGGUGAACCACUGGAGACUAGUAAUCUAGAACCUGAAAGAUGUCAGAUCAUAUCUUCAGCUGGUGAACUUGGAACAGAAGAAAAUGAAGGAGCUGCCUUGGGGGCAACUGUUCCAGAUAAGCAGGAUUGUGUUACUCAAGAUAUGCCAGACUCUCUUCAGGCAGAAAGUGAAGCUGAAGUGAAAAAGAAGAAGAAGAAGAAAAACAAGAACAAAAAGGUGAAUGGUCUGCCUCCUGAGAUAGCUUCUGUUCCAGAGCUAGCAAAAUACUGGGCCCAGAGAUACAGGCUCUUCUCCCGUUUUGAUGAUGGGAUUAAAUUGGACAGAGAGGGCUGGUUUUCGGUUACGCCUGAGAAGAUUGCUGAACACAUUGCUGGCCGAGUCAGUCAGUGCUUCAAGUGUGACAUUGUAAUAGAUGCAUUCUGUGGAGUUGGAGGCAAUACCAUUCAAUUUGCCUUAACGGGAAAGAGAGUGAUUGCCGUUGAUAUUGAUCCUGUUAAGAUUGAUCUUGCUCGUAAUAAUGCAGAAGUUUAUGGUGUAGCAGAUAAGAUAGAGUUCAUCUGUGGAGAUUUCCUGCUACUGGCUUCUUGUUUAAAAGCUGAUGUUGUGUUCCUCAGCCCACCUUGGGGAGGGCCAAACUACGCCACUGCAGAGACUUUUGACAUUAGGACGAUGAUGUCUCCUGAUGGCUUUGAAAUUUUCAGACUUUCCCAGAAGAUCACUAAUAAUAUUGUUUAUUUUCUUCCAAGAAAUGCUGAUGUUGACCAGGUGGCAUCUUUAGCUGGGCCUGGAGGGCAAGUGGAAAUAGAACAGAACUUUCUUAACAACAAAUUGAAGACAAUCACUGCUUAUUUUGGUGACCUGAUUCGAAGACCAGCCUCUGAAACCUAACUGAGGCAGUCCAAGGACAAACAGAUCAAGUGGUCUUCAGAACAUUAUUCGGAUGAGACACUUGGAAUGAAUGUCUUCCUGGAGUCAUUGACACUUUGUACCCAUAGUCUUGUAUCACCAUAUGAAAUGGAAACUUACAGGAGUUGAAUGAAUGUUAAUGAAGGGCUUUGAGAUCUUUGGGUAAUAUUAACUAUGUAUAUUGUACAUUAGGAUCGUAAGUGUCUGAUAUGGAAAGGGUAGGCUUGCCUCUGUGCUUAAUUUCAGUGUGUG